AUGGAUAGCGCAGCUGCUUUUCUCGAAGCUGAAAUGUAUGAAGAAAGGGAACUUCUUAAACAAAAAAGAAUGUGUUUAAGAAAUUCAACAAAUAUUUUCCAUAUGCAUGAUACAGCAUCUGAGGGAUUGACCCCUGAGCAAAAGUUAGCUGCAUGUUUGCGAUUUUUCGGUGAAGGGACAUAUCAGCAUGGUGUUGGCAAAGACUUCGACUCACCUGUGGCGCAAUCAACCUUUUCAAAAAUUCUCCAAGAACUUUUAUGUGUACUCGAAGAUACAUUGUGUGCCAAAUGGAUAUCCUUGGAUAUGUCACCGGCUCAAAUUCAGGAAUCCAAGUCUUUCGUCGAAGCAAGAACAGGUUUUCCAAAUGUUAAAUUUUGCGUCGAUGGAACUCACAUCAAAAUUGUUGCUCCGAGAGAUGACAAACAUUUGUUCUAUAACAGAAAGGGAUACUAUUCCCUGAAUGUUCUAAUUAUUUGCGAUUAUAAAAUGUGGAUUCGCGGUUUAAACGCUAAUUUCCAAGGGGCAAAUCACGAUUCCCAUAUAUGGAAUAUCAGUCCACAAAGAUCUCAUUUUAAACAGAGAUAUGAAAACGGUGUCAGAGACGAAUAUGUAUUAGGAGAUGCAGGUUAUCCAUUAGAGCCUUGGUUGAUGACUCCAUUUAGGACUCCGCCACCAAAUAGUCCUCAAAUGCGUUACAACAAAUCCCACUCCAGAGCCCGAAAUGUAGUCGAAAGAACAAUUGGUUUACUCAAAAACCGAUUCCGAUGUUUGUUAGGACUUCUGUCUCAGUAG